AGAGAAUAUUCCUCCCAUCAAGCAACAAUCACACGCUUUCAAUCAAGAUCCCUGGACUACAUAGGGCUGAGAAUUCCGAGCUCGUACCAAGCCCUAGUCGCUGCAAACGCCAUUGCACACGAUUGCAAUCCACGAUGAUGUAUCGACUCCCUUCAAUACUGCUCGCCAGCUCGUGCCUAUUACAACACGCCCACGCACUGCCACAUCCGCAGAGAUCACCAACAACAUGGGUCGUUGUAGACGUCAAUGGACCUGCAGCUGCAGACGAGCCAGGCGUCACCACAAUCUACCACACCAUGCUUGACACGGCUGCACAAGCGUCGCCAGCAAAGACGACCUUGGCUAUCGCCAUAACCAUCGCCCAAGCGCGACCGGCCAGCACUGGAUGGUCUCCAGAUAAGCCAGACCUAUCGGAGGUCUUCACUUAUAGCCCCAACACUUCCCUUCGGGUCCAACCUGACGAAAACGAAACAAAUACGACGCCAACCAUGACCAAGACGAGCGCAACUACUGAUUCGACCGAGAGCGCGACCACAGGCUCUUCGACGAGUGAAGCGACAACGGCAAUGGCAGCCUCCUCUCCUGAAGCUUACGGGCCAAAGCAGACCCAUGCAGAGGGACCAGAAUCAAUCGAAACGACGUCCAUUCCCACUCCAACUGCUGAACCAAGCCCUGAGUCAACACCCGAAUCGACCCCCGAAUCGGCCCCCGAAUCGGCCCCCGAAUCGACUCCCGGAUCGAAUCUCGAACCGACUCCUGAAUCAACCCCCGAGUCGAGUCCCGAGCCGUCUGCUGAACCAAGUCCUGAUUCGACCACCCAGAAUUCUACAAGCGCCAGUCUCGCCACCCAUGCCUCUCAUGUCAAACCGACCCAAGCGCCACCUUUCUUUGGAAUUUCGAUGGAGCCGCCUCACGCAGCCGGGCCUGUCUCGGCCGAACUUUUGCCAGCGAUCUGGGCAGCGCCGACGUCGAGCGUGGCUAAUUCAAGCGACAAAGUUGUCACGACGACUGCCUUCGCGACCAGCUACGUCACCAUGCCGUGUGUCGAGGCCACCAUCGUCUCUGGUGGAGAAGACGUAGCGGUGGUAGUCCCAACCGCUCCUGUGAUGCCAGAAGCACCGCACUUCAAAACAGGGUCGCACGCAGGCCCGCAUCUUUCCGCCAUGCCUCAUCACCCAAUGACGACAUCAUACAAGCCGCUCACAGCAACUUACACUGCUAUGUGGCCUGCGUUGACACCAAAACCGACGACAGCGGCAGCAGCAGCAGCGACGACAACAAGCGAUCUUUGGCCUGUCACCAGCGCGUGGAAGACACUUUUAAAGGGAAGCGCGACUCAGAGGACCAAUGAACCGAGCGCCACCGCGGCAGCGCCUGCUGGAGGGCCUGCUUGGUGGGCGGCAUUACAGUCGGAGGCAGCAGUCGCAUUCGCCGAGGCCAAUCCCAAAGAGAUCAUGAGGCGAACAUUGCCACGGAGUAUAUUUGGAGUGAUCUGUGGUGAAUCGGCACAUGCGAACUCUGCAGAGCCUGCUACCUAAAGGCAUGCAUCGCAACUGUUCUUUUUGGAGUUGGCAUGGAUAGUUUUCAGGGCGUUGGUCACGACCACUCUGCUAGUGCAGCAUACAAGAGGGUCUUUGGGGUGCUCGGUUGAGACUAAUUUGUUCUAUAAUUCAUGAUUGACGAUGUAUGACUUUAAUUCCACCUUCAGUAAUCAAUUUCC